AAACCCAGGCCGAAACGUCAAAGCGCCUGCGCGCCGCCUUUUCCCAGCCGGGCCCGUUCAGUGCGCCUGCGCGAGGCCCUGUGCGUGUGUGUUCCCCGUCCCUCCCCCUCCUCCCUCUCGCCUCACGACGGCCGCCGCCGCUGAGGAGAAGAAGAGGGAGAAGGAACAGCCGCCGCUGCUUCUUCUCUUCUCGUCUGGCCGCUGAGGUAAAGGCGGCGGUGGAGGAGGCGCUUCCCGUCUGAGUGGGAGACAUUCUCCUUUGAAUCAGUGUCCUUUUUCAUCCUGUGAAGCACCUAAAUCCUGGCUUGCCAGUUUCCACAGCCAUGGCAACGGAAGAGAAGAAGCCUGAUGCAGAAUCGACCAAAACACAAUCAACACCUUCCUCUUCGACCAAUCAGAGCAAGCCUGCGCCUGUGAAGCCAAACUAUGCUCUGAAGUUCACGUUGGCCGGACACACGAAAGCAGUCUCAUCAGUGAAAUUCAGCCCCAAUGGCGAGUGGCUGGCCAGUUCUUCGGCUGAUAAGCUUAUAAAAAUUUGGGGUGCCUAUGAUGGCAAAUUUGAGAAAACAAUAUCUGGCCACAAACUGGGGAUCUCUGAUGUUGCUUGGUCAUCUGAUUCAAACCUUCUUGUAUCUGCCUCAGAUGAUAAAACUCUCAAAAUUUGGGAUGUGAGCUCGGGGAAAUGCUUAAAAACCCUGAAGGGGCACAGCAACUAUGUCUUCUGCUGCAAUUUCAACCCCCAGUCGAACCUCAUUGUCUCGGGAUCGUUUGACGAAAGCGUGAGGAUAUGGGACGUUAAAACCGGGAAGUGCCUGAAAACACUGCCGGCUCAUUCUGACCCAGUUUCGGCAGUACAUUUUAACCGUGAUGGCUCUCUGAUAGUGUCCAGCAGCUACGAUGGCCUUUGCCGAAUCUGGGAUACGGCAUCAGGACAGUGUUUGAAAACGCUGAUCGAUGAUGACAAUCCUCCUGUGUCUUUUGUGAAGUUUUCUCCAAAUGGAAAAUACAUCCUAGCAGCAACUUUGGACAACACUCUCAAGCUUUGGGACUACAGCAAAGGGAAGUGCCUAAAGACAUACACGGGCCACAAGAACGAGAAAUACUGCAUCUUUGCCAACUUCUCAGUUACUGGUGGAAAGUGGAUUGUGUCUGGUUCAGAGGACAACCUGGUUUACAUUUGGAACCUCCAAACAAAAGAGAUUGUACAGAAGCUGCAAGGGCAUACAGAUGUUGUGAUCUCUACAGCUUGCCAUCCGACAGAGAACAUCAUUGCCUCAGCAGCCCUAGAAAAUGACAAAACAAUUAAGCUUUGGAAGAGUGACUGUUAAAAAUGUUUUCAGCAUCGCUUUAGAGACUGUUGGGGGGUGUCUGGAAAAUUUGGGGGUAUUUUGUGUUUCUGUUUUCUUUUUUAAAAAAAAAAGCAGCAGAAGAAGAACCACAUGAGAACAUUUCAACCCCAUUUGGCAGGAACCCUGAAGCGAUCUUCAAGAGGAUGGUGUGUGUCUCCUAGUCCUUGGCCCAAAGAGCUUCUCUCUCUCUCUCUUUUUAUCCCUCUCUCUCUUUCCUUGGCCUCUCCAUACUGGGCAAUGUAGUUUGGGCGGGUGGAUGAGAUAAAAGCUUCCCUUUUCCUUUUGAUAAAUGGAGGGCUCCACAUACUGGGAAGGUUCUGUCCUUUGGAGAAAAGGUGUGUGCCCUCCUCUCCCUCACCCCCCCUUUGUGCUUGGAGGGAUUCUGUCUCUUAAUAACAACGGGCAGGUCAUAAACUAGAAAUAACCCGGAUUAAUUUAAUACUUUGGAGGGAUUCUGUCUCUUAAUAACAACGGGCAGGUCAUAAACUAGAAAUAACCCGGAUUAAUUUAAUACUUUAUAUAUAUAUAUAUAUAUAUAUAUAUAAAGUUUCCAAAGAGGCAGGCCCUAGUUCAUCAGACUUUAAAUAGAAAAGCUAUGUGGUUGAAAGAAGGCUCUUUACUAAUAACAAAAAAAAAUUUUUUUUAAUGUGACCAAACAAGCGUUUUGUGAUUCUCCCUGAUUUUUUUCCUUCCUCCCCCUGGUUCAAGACCCCUGUGAUAACUCACCAUUUUUGCCCUUCCCUGUAUGCAUCCUGUUCAUUGUGUGCUCUGAUAGAUGCUACUACAGCAAAAAGUCUUUCCAGGCUGUUCUCUUCCCUUCCCUAAUAACUGUUCAGCUGUGGCUUUUUUUUUGUCCUUUUAUGUUCUUUUGUUUUGACUUUUUAAAAAUCAUUCUGGAAAAUUUCACAGAACUUGUACAGUUAUUUCCAUGUAUAAAAGACAAAACUUUUUUUAUAUCUUGAAAACUUCAUUGUAUGAGCUUGUAUCUGCUGAUGGUAUGGUUGUAUCUUUCUUUCCUCCAUAUUAGUAUUCCUUUUCAGCCUUUCUCUCUCUCUGUGUGUCUCUCUCCACCCCUUCCCCUCUCACGCUUGAUAUUUUACACAUCAAAACUGGUUACCGUAUGCCACAAUAAAAAGAUGGGAUUUUAUGUGGA